AUGGUCAAGCUCGGCGACGCCUGGGGACUAGCCAGGGUCUACCACGCCACGUACACGAUAGUCCUGGACGAAUUAUUACGGCACGGGAUGCAGCACCACGCCCACGAGUCUUUUAUCUACUGCACCCACCCUUACCACGGCCCUUGCGACGACGACUUUUGGUUGGUUUACCAACUAACAGAGGGCGAGUGUCCGGCCUGUCUCGGCGACAAGGGCCUCCCGCGCAAGAUCGUCGCGCGACGGGAGAUGAUGGACGGUGUGCUGCCGCUACUUACGGGCGACUUCCUCAGGCCCUCGCCGGCCGUGUUUGGAUACGUCGCGCAGCUCGCCGUCCUGGCCAAGCACAUGGUCGCCCGUAAGGUCCCAAACGUGGCCGUCAGGGGCGCCAUGGUCGAGCAGCUCGUAAAGGAGAUACGCGCCGAGCUCUUCUGCCGCUCCUUCGACGCCCAUUGGGCGGGGCACGGCGUGGGGGACUGCGGCUGCUUCGUCGAGGACCGGGGGUUCUGUGCCAACCUAGGCCGUCAUCUCCGGCAACGGGAGGCGCGCCGGAUCUUCGAGUUCCACAGGAGCAUCGUCCUCCCGUACAUCAACUUGCCGGAUCCCGACGACGACUGGGACUUGGUCCUGGCGCGGUAUGGGAUCGUCGAGUGGUUCGUCGACCAAAGGGUCGCCAGGUUCGACAAGAUCGCCGUCUGCCGCUUCGAAGUCGAGCCCCGGGAGGACCAGCGGUACCAGGACUGCGUGCAGCGGCUCGAGGCGGCCGUCGUCAAGUACAUUGACGUCCUCCGCUUCGCGCUGGCGCCCGACCGGCGCCCCGACCGCGACACGGAGCGCCGCCUCCGCGCGCGCGCCGUGUUCCUCCAGAAGCCCCUGCAGUGGAUCGCCUACGACACCGGCCUCGCCGACAGCCUCGUCGAGGAGAUCUCCGAGGUCGUCAUCUACUGGUACCUCCGCGUCGGCACGCCCCUGAGCCCGCCCGUCGACAACGCCGCCUGGUUGGCGCCGCUGCAGCUCCGGCGGGACAUUGACGGCAUCCGCAAGGACAUGCAGGCGGCCAUGGAGCACCUCGACGCCGUCUUCUCGACGAGCACCCCGGAGGGAUGGCGCCUCUUCCGCAGGAGCUUCAAGGAGCCGCCCCUACGCGAGGAGAAGGAGGUCGACGUCCUCCGCCGCGCGGAGGCUGCGGCCGGACGACGACGAAGUUGA